AUGUGCAAUUGUGCGGACAACGAUGGCGGAAGGGAGUGAUGUUUUAAAAUUUGAUGGAAGCAACUAUUUACGGCAGCGGUUAAUAUUAUCCACGUUAAGUGGAAAAGCUGUUAAAGUUAAGAAUAUUAGAUCUCGAAGUGACGAUCCAGGCCUUAAAGAGUUUGAAGUGAAUCUUGUGAGGUUGUUAGAUAAGGUAACGAAUGGCUCAACUGUAGAGGUUAAUGAGACAGGGACCUCCUUAUUUUAUCAACCUGGAUUGCUGUUUGGAGGACAUGUUGAACACGAAUGCUGUAAAGCUAGAGGUAUUGGUUACUAUUUGGAAGUGCUAAUAGCUCUUGCUCCUUUUUGCAAGAAACCGCUAAAUGCUGUUUUGAAAGGUGUUACAAAUUGCGCGACAGACAUUUCAGUGGAUGUGCUUCAUAAUGUUGCCCGUCCAAUCCUACGAAGAUUUCUUGGAACAGAUGAGGGACUUGAAUUCUCAAUCACAAAGCGUGGUAUGGCGCCAGGUGGUGGCGGUGAAAUUGUUUUCAAGUGCCCAGUAAGGAAGCAGUUGAAACCUUUGCAGUUAGAAGAACCUGGAAAAAUUAAACGUGUACGUGGCGUAGUUUAUGCAGUACGUGUUUCACCCGCGAUUGCGAACAGACUAGUAGAAUCAGCGAAAGGCAUUAUUCUAAAGUUUUUGCCUGAUGUGUACAUUCAUACUGACCACUGUACUGGCACGAAAUCAGGCAAGUCGCCAGGUUUCGGAAUUGCUUUGUACGCUGAAACAUCAGGUGUAGUAUAUACUGGUGAAAUGGUUUCCAGAGCUGCUGGAGCAAAUCUUUCUCCAUCAGUACCAGAAGAUAUAGGAAGAGAAGCAGCAUAUCGACUGUUGGAAGAAGUGUACAGGGGUGGCUGUGUAGACUCGGUGUUUCAGAGCCACACCACGUUAUUUAUGGCUCUCACACCAAAAGAUGUAUCUGUGUGUAUCACUGGACCACUAUCACCUUAUGCAAUACAGUUUCUUCGUCACAUGAAAGAGUUCUUUAAUUUGGCUUUUAAACUAGAUGUAAUAGAGACCAUAGAUAAUGAAGAUGAACUAAAUGUUGGUUCCAAGAAAGUGAAAUUAACUUGUGUUGGUGUAGGCUUUACAAAUCUAAGUAAGAGAGUAGCAUAGUAGUGUGUGUUUAUGAGCACAUGAUUCAAUUUGAGUGACGAACAUUUUAUAAUGUUCUGUAGUAGAUUGCAACUUUGACAGCCCUCUGUUAUUUUGGCAGAUACUGUGCAGGAGGAAGAUUACUGAACUGUUGCUGCAAAAUAUGUCUAUGAUAUGAAAUAUGUAAACAGUAGCUUUCUUCUCAUUUUGCAUGAUCUUCAUCAUAAGUGACAAGAUGUGGAAUUGUAUUUAUUAACUGGACACCACAUUGGCAAAAUAUGUAAAUUUUUUUCCUUGGUGUGCAUAACCCUGGAUGGGCAAGAGUCUGCUCUACAUGCAAUUUACUCUACACAUGCUCUGACCGCAAUUUUAUACAAUAUGUAUGAGGGUGACUCAAUUAAUGAAUCAGUACUCUUUAAA